UGUGGGAUUAUAUUUUUCUUUUCAGCAGAGUUGAAUAUGUGGGUCAGCGAUUUUACACUGCUUCCGCAGAAUUAUUAACGUUGCUGCACAGACUCAGACUCUGUCAAUAGCUUUAUCGUUAACUGCUUUCCCCCCUGUACUUCGACCGAGCAUAAAAGUAAAACGGGAAGUCUUUAAAAGAUCAGGUCUAGCUUGUGUUAAUGUUUCUCCUUCGCCUCUGUCCCAACGUUUCAACUCUCAGUCAGGUUCACAUCAUUUGAGCCGCUGUGGUUGGACUGUGCUGUUCGUCGGAAAGGACCUUUAUUUCCACAAAUUGCCAGAGUAAUGUAAGAAAGCUCCCUUGUGGUCAUGCAGCUGGUGAUCCGCCGAUACCGUCCUGCAGACAAGGACACAGUUCUCACUCUGUUCCGCAUCGGCAUCCAGGAGCACAUCCGUCCAUGUUUUUACAAUGCCAUGACCAGUCCUCUCUACCUGGCCAUCACCUUGGCUCUGUGUGUGGCUGGCUACCUCCUCGGCUCUGUGUUAGGGGCUGUGGUGUUGCCAGGAGUGUGGGUGGGCCUUGUUUACUUCUGCUGUUAUGAACUAUACGCCGGCUACGUCAGGGAGAGACUCCGGACAGACAUGCAGGACAUCCCUGGGAACUAUCUGAGCAGACCGGAUGACUGUUUCUGGGUGGCUGAGGCUGAGGUUGAUGGGAGGGUGCAGAUCAUGGGUAUGGUGGCUGUGAUGGCCAAACAAAGUGGGAAAGAAAAGUAUGGAGAACUGUUCAGAAUGAUCAUCUCCCCAUUGUGCAGACGGGUGGGCCUGGGCUUCAAGAUGACUCAGAUCGUGGUUGACUUCUGUAAGGAACGAGGCUUCUCCAAGGUGGUGCUGGAGACCAGCUCCACCCAGAUGGCCGCUGUGGCCCUAUAUGAGAAACUGGGGUUCUGUCACGACCUCCAACACACUAGAACAGAGGCUCCAUUGUGGGUUGUAACACUGGCCAAUGUCACAGUUUUGAGAAUGGAAAAACAACUGUAGAUCUGAAAUAAUCUGAUGUUCUGUUCUUCUUUAUAAGUUGUUUAAGCUUUACAGUGCCAAUACUUGACUGAAACCAUUGUUUGUAAGCUAUGUCUCACAAACACUCCUUUUUGAGAACACAGUCAAAGUCUUUUACUUGUACUAUAUGGAAGACCUGUUGAUUGAUGUCAAUCGUCUCCACACACCCACAUAGUCCAGAGACUAGGUGUUACCCUGCUCCUUCUAAUGACUCUCUCAUCAUGCCUGCAAAUUCUACACAAUAUAUAAUGAGUGUACUGUCACACCAUUACAUAGGAAACAUUGCCUGUGGACAAGUAAUGCCAUUGGUCAUAAUUCCACAGGUGUAACUAACAGCAUUAACAAUAACUCCUAUGUUUCUGUACUGCGGUCAUCAAGGAUCUAUUCUUGACCAACUUAAGCAUUUUUAAGUCAAAAGAAGCUGAUAGCUUUUUAUUCUUAACUUUGUGAGAUGGAGUAAGUGAAGGGUUUUUACUUGUAUCUUUCACUUAAGCCCAAAAUGUUACUUUUAAAAGUAUGAUAACUACAUGUCUUACAUGUACAAGGCUGUUGAUUGUAAAUAAUAAACAGCAGAGGGCACCCUUUAUCUAAGUAGUUAAUAGUUUCUACAGUAUUAUUCACAGCAUUUACAGUACAGGAUUGGAGUGUUGGAAAGAAACAGAAGUGUUUGAAUGAGGUACACAAACAUCAGAGAAAGACACAGAACAUUACACAGGGGUUUGAACACCUAGCGUUAAGUUUUUUUUUUUUGUUUUUUUUUUUUUUUUGUUUUUUUUUUUAAAGCAUCUUAGUCUUAAUAGAAACAGAAAAUUACUUUAUAAUGUGCAAAGGCCCUGCAGGAAAUUCCAAAUUUUGUAGCUCAUAAUAAAAGACGCUUGGUGGCUGGUUUCUGUCACAUAAACAUGAACUGAAAAAAAUAUCCUGGCCAAUUUACUUUAGUGCCACACGGAGGCAGUAAAGCUAUAUUUGUGUUGUCUGAAAAAAAUCUUCAUUUUCUUUUGCUGUGAUUCUUGGAACCCUGAAAUAUUGCAAUGCUCUGUUUAAUAUAAAAAAAAGCAAUAACCACAACUUGUUUUUGAGUGUAAGAAGUGAUGAUGAACAUAAUUUCGCUAAUGCAGUUAUUGUUAAUAUGUGUUUUAAAUAUUUUUUUAAUAUAUCAUGAAUGUAAUCCAUGAAUUUUGAGACUUUGCAAUCUUACACGUUUAUGCAUCAGUAAAAAUAAUCCAGUACCAUGAUUUCUGAUACAUAAUUUUUAUAUUUCAUAAAAUACAUUGUGUUAUCUUACAUUUAGAUUUACAUUAUAAUACACAGCAGUAUAUUGAGCAGUAACGAUUAGCCUCAUCUAGUCAUCUGGUUGGUUAAGUUACAUGUAUCAAUAAUAAGUUUGAUCCUAUAAUACAAUAAUAAAACAAUGACAGGAGCCAGUAAGUGCUUUUACUUUUGACACUUAAAGUACAUUUGCAGUGAUAAUCCUUCUGUAUUUUUACUUA